AUGGGGAGCGGUCUGCCUGCUUCCGCAGGGUCGUCUAAUGAUGCUGUUGUCAAUCAAAUACAGGAGAUUAUUUCAGACAACUGUGUGGCGAUUUUCUCUAAAACAACAUGCUCCUACUGCAAAAUGGCAAAAAAAAUUUUUGAGGAUAUGAAUGUGAAUUAUACAGCUGUAGAACUGGACCUGAAUCCAAAUGGAAGUCAGUUCCAAGACAUUCUUGAAGAGAAGACUGGUGGCAGAACAGUCCCCAGAGUGUUUGUCAAUGGGACUUUCAUUGGAGGCGCUACAGAUACCCAGAGGCUUCACGACGAAGGCAAACUGCUUCCAUUAGUUCUUCAAUGUCAAACGGAAAGAAAUGCGUCAGCAGCCAUCUAG